AUGAAUGAGAAUGAGCCUGAGAGAGACACUGCGACACUCGGUCAUUCUGGGAGUGCUGCUUCAGCCUGGUGCCACAUCGUUGUCUGGGAGGCGUCGGUGACAAGCUAUACUCCCUCUCCAUCGAUGGCUGUCUCUGAGAUGAGCCCGGCUACUGACUCGAUCGUCGGGUGGUCGAAAAGGAGCGUCUACGGCAAUUCAAUCGUGAAUCAUUCCGUUAGCGUAUUCGCAAACUCCGUCGCCGCGACCGAGUCCAGACCGCCAGCCAUCAGUGGCGAGUUCGUGGCGAUGGCUGUGCCGAGGACAUCGAUGAGCCAUGCAGAGAUGGUUGUAGCCACAGAAGAAGUGCUUUGGGAGAUCGUUUGCGGAUUGGACGCGACUUCUCGACAUAUCACGCUUCAGGAAUUUUCUCGUGGACUAGAAUUUCCGCAACUGAUCGUCAAGGAACCAGCGAUGGAUCGCAGCGAUGGGUGGUCGAACAGCAGCGUCGACGGUAGCUCCGUUUCGAGGCGCUCGUUGAGACGCGUCGAGAGCUCCGUGGCUCCGAUGGAGUCGAGCCCAGCCGACAUGAGAGGCGCGUCGAGCGAGACGGCGGUGCCAGUAAGCUGA